AUGGUUGGCGGCACACCGUGUCUCGGCCGGUUGUCAGGCGGAUGUGAUGGGGUAGCUUGCACUGACAGCGUGUUCAAGGUUGUCGAUACUCGGCCAGCCGGGGCAAGGCCAAACUUCACAGACACUAGUGGUGUCGAGAAGUAUGUCAUGCCAGAGGAGGAGUAUGCUAAGAAGACGGAUUCCGUGUUAGCAUGGAAGAAGGCUCAGAAGCUUGGGCGAUUCGACCCUGAUGCUCCAAGCCAUGAGCAGGCAAAGAUCGCCGCUUUCGCUCAAGAAGUCGAACAACGUGGCAUCAAGGUUGGCCUACGCUGUCGCGUUGGAGGAGACGACUCGCGGCGGGGAGAAGUCCGGUAUGUCGGUGAGGUGAAGGAGAUUCCCGGCGGCCUUGGCGCCUGGGUAGGUGUUCAUCUCGACGAGCCUGUGGGCAAGAACGACGGCAGCAUCAGCGGUACCAGGUACUGGGGGGAGGCAUCAGAUCUCAAGCACGGUGUCUUCGUUAGACCAGAGCGAGUUGAGGUCGGCGACUGGCCGCCCGUCGAUGAUCUUGAAGAUAUGGAGGAGAUCUAA